AUGGCGACUUACGGCAGAAUAUCAAGCGGGGACAAGGCGAACAUUGUAGAAGAAGAUGGUUGUGCCACGGACGAGUGGGGAGUCAGGUAUCAGGGACACUCCCGUCCUGACGGUGGGGGGUUGUUCGGGAAGGGUUUCGGCCUCAAGUCUAAGUGCGAGCAACUGCGUCGUUGGCGCUGUAUCAUCGUGACGUUGUUGGCGGUGUGCGCGUUGUUGCUGAUGAUCGUCAUAAUCGUUGUUACGCGGACGAGUGCCAACCACACUGACGGCCACAGUCAUAUAAGACCCUUCUUCAAGAAGUGGUCCAAUUCCACUGACGGUCUGUAUUUUAUGCCAAGGGGUCGUGAUGGAACUGUUCUCAUAGAGUUUAACGUCAACCAGUAUAGCGGCGAAGGCUAUGGCCAAUACAUGGAGUUUCUUGACUACCAUCUACAUGAUUAUCAUGCGAUGAACCAACAGGACAAAGUGUACCACGUGUGCAACAAGACGGACGCCCCUGAAGACAAGGUGUGCAUGUUCGACCUCACUCUGCUCAACGACUGCGAUCAUUUCCACGAGUACGGCUACACAUCCGGAACACCCUGUGUCUUGUUUUUCCUCAACCCACCUCGCCAUCAUUCUCCAAAACCAUUUCCAAAAGAUUCUGAAGUUGGCAAAAUGUUGGGAGAUCGCUGGUCGCCAGACCACAUUGGCCUCAAUUGUGUUCCAGUGAGUGACGAGGAUAAGAAGCACAUAGGUAAUCAGACGAUACAUGGUGCCCCGAUACAGUACUUCCCACCCAAGGGAUUCCCCACCUACUAUUACAGAAACAGCACCAUUUCCAAAUUCCUGGUUCCAAUUGUAAUGGUUAGAUUCAACACCAUUGCUACCUCUGCUUAUGUCCAUAUCAACUGUACUGCAUGGGCCACAAACUUCAAAAACUCUGAAUACUACAGCAAGACGUUUGGCUUCUAUAUCAAGUAGACAGGCACGUGUGGUCAGUACAUAUAAUAAUUAUGUAUUAUCCAGGUUUCAUUGCAGUUUUUAAAAAGCAUUGCAUACAGACAGGGAUACCCACAAAAUUUCAGAUAUAAUAAAAAACACAAUUACACUUGAAAAGUUGUUUAACUUCAGCAUGAGUACUGAUAGGCUUCGAAGCCCAUCAAGGUCAUACCCUGGAAUAAAUCUCUGGUGAAAUGCGUGACAUAUAUGUCUGUUAAUACUGUCCCAACAUCUGAAGAUGGACCAAUAUAAAUAUGACAGUCUUUUAGUCAGAUUUCUGUGUGACGCCUUUAAUAUUUGUAUUAUGGUGAGAGAAAUGUAAUAUCCGACAUAUGAAAGUCUAAUGAAUUUCAUUGAAAAUGCAGCAGUCAGAUUCGUAUAUGAGAAGAAUAAAAGAAUAUGCUUAACUGAUAUUUAACAAUGUAUUCUGGUAGGCAGUAAAUAAACCUAAAAUUGUAUACAUUGGUUAGAGUUAUUGUUUUGAAGAAACAUCACUAAUACUAGUAGCAAUAACAACUACAUAUUAGAUGGUGAUGAAUGUAAUUAAUAUGCUUGCUUCAAUAUAAUUGAAAUAAACUUUUUGAGUGUUUUAUGAAGGCAAUUUUAGAAUUACAAUGUAAUUAUUGAAAAAGGCUUGUUUAAUCUCCAAGGUCACAUGACACUGAUUAAGGUAAGAUGGUGCUAGACUAUUGAGACAUGGUGAUGCACCAUGUUAAAACAAGCUAGGGAAACUAUUGUGUCCAUACAUAUAGUACUAACCAGCAUUUGAAAGCCAUGCGACCAUAGUGGCCACUUUUGAUUGUUGUAAUAUUACAUUUUGGCCAAAAUUAUAAGUUUCACUGUGCAUCCAUCUUAUCUAAUAGAAAAUAUUGUGUAUGUCAGGUUGUACAUGUAAGUAACCAUUUGUUUUUAAAUACCAAAAUCACUGUGUCAUAUUUAUAUUGUAUCUGUCUUAAAAUGUACAAAAAUUAUGCAUGUUAAAAAGCCACUAUUUUUCAAAAAAUUUAAAUAUCCAUUUUAUUUUUUUAUUGUUUUACCUCGACAAAGUUUGAAAGUGAUAUUUAGGUGUUACAUUUCUAGUGGUGGCAGUGGCAUCAACAUUUUAUGUUUACAUGUCGAUAUUUCUUGCACAAACUAGUAAUCAAUGAAACUUGGAUCAUGUUUUACAAGAUGAAUUUUAACCAGUGUAUGGCAGGUGAGACAUUUAAUUCCACGGUACUCUUGUCUUUGAGUUUUAUUUCAAAACCAGAAUAUUCACAGGUGGGUUUGUUUUUUUAUCCAUCUACCAGUACUGUAAAGUAACUGUAAUAGAGCGACGUUGAACAUUGCAUGUUUCACUACCAAACCUGAAUUAUUUCCAUGUGAGUCAGAAUACUAUUGUAGCACAAGAGAGCCUGUAUUAUUUAUUAUUAGAAAGCCAUUUUGACUGUGACAUUUAAUUACCUGACCUGAAUUAUCGUACUUGUGUGGUGUCCAUUUAUUCUCAUUUCAAUCCUGUUAAUUUAUGAAUUAUUGUUAGUCAUUUUGUCAUGUACUUCUCAAACAUGAUAGUUGGUACAUGUAUUAGAAACCACGUGUGCCUUAUAUAGCAGCAUGUUUUAUUUGUGAUUGGCCAGUAUGACAAUUCAGCCUAAUCAUUUGGACCAAUGUUUUGGAUAUAUUAAUUAAUUUUCAAACAAGUCAUUGAGCAGGGAUUCCUCCGCCAGUAGCCAAUUUAUGCAGUUGUUCAUUUUCAUAUACACAUGCUUAUGCUCUUUCAUGGGUAGAAAAAACUUUUACAAACCAAAGCUGAAAACAGCCACUUGGUCUGUGAACAAUAUAGGGCACAUUUGCUAUUUGCUUAAGACCAGGGGCUAUUUUAUCUUAUAUGAAAAUUAUUGAUCUUUGAGAUAAAAUAUUUUGUAAAUCAUUUUGAUUUUCCACCAAAUAUGAUGAGAGUAAAUUUUGUUUUGUUAAAACACAGAACAUAAUGUUUUGAUGUAUAGUGCAUCAAUGUAUUAUAUGGUAAAAGUUGGAAAUGUAUUAUGAAAACCACAAAUAAUUUAACUACCAUACAUCUUCGGCAACCUUUUUUGUUGUUGUUGUAAGACCAUAGGAACCUAUUUGAAAAUUAACAAAUAUUAUUUUAUUAAUUUGUCCUCAACUAAAACUGUACAAUUUAUUUUGCUACGCUUGCCCAUGUACCAUUACAAAGUUACUUAAGAACACUGUCAGGUGUUAGUAGUGCCAAGAUGCCACCAAUUUCAAGACUAGCCUGGAAACUGGCAGAAACUAAAACCAAUAUAGACUGAGCCAUGUAUUUUAACGUUUCAUUUUUAGCCAGAUAUUCUUGGUAGAUAGUUGCUUAAAUGCUUUGUAUGCUAAGCCAAGCUUUUGUACACCAGUUUCUGUACCCUAAUAAUAAGAUAUCUUGUACUUGCUAAAGCUUUAAUUCUUGCCUGGUUUAUAGAAUGUUUAAGAACAACAGUCUGUGGUUAGUGCUGAACUGCAGUGUUGAAUAACAAGAAACUGAAAGUCACUGAGAUACACCUAUACAUUUUAGAUAGACAUAUAGUCAAUGGCAGAUACAUAUGGAAGUCCCAGAGGACCCGGAUUCCCCCAUUUACUAACCUAAAUUUAACCAUCCCACAAAAAAACCCAUGUAUUAAUUAUUUUAUGUAAAAACAGUCUUGCACAUUUUUUGUAUGAUCAGAAUAAAUAUAAAACCUUUAAAUCUUGGUAUAAAAAAUUAAAUAUAUUUUUAAGGUUACAAGAAAUCAUGUUUUUUUUAGCUGGCAUUGUUUGUUUGUUUGUUGUUGUUUUUUUAGCUGGGUAUUAUUAACCACUGUAAAAACAAACUGUUAUCCACUUUUUUUUGACAUGUUGUAAUUAUCAAUCUGUCAAACACUGGUGCUUUCUUAUUGUUUUUAAACUAUAUUUAAUGUUGUAAUAAUCUUGUUAUUUUACCAGCCUCCAUGUGAUGUUGUAUAGUUCCUAGGUUUAAUACUUUUGUGUAUAUAUUUAAUUAUUUACAUUCUUCCAUUUAUCUGUAAUAUUCACCUUGACAUAGCUAAGGGGAGGAUCAUCACACCUCUAUUUGCAUGUUGCCUGAAAUGAUGACUUGUAGACAGUGUGGAUGGCCCCCCAGUAUAACAUCGCGGCUACGCUAAUGAAUAUUCAUGUAGGUAAAUAGGGCAUGCUGUGAAUAUACAUUCAUAAAUUAUUGGAAAUGGAAGACUUCUCUUUUGUUAAUCCACAUUCUUUAGAUGGGUAGAUUAAGAUACUCUUUUAACAUGCCUAUAUCUAACUCAGGUUCAAGCAUAAAACGUUUUGUCAUACUUAAACUGGAGUUUGGGCACUACGUACUGGAGUUAUGAAGCCUGUUUUGGGGGUUUUCUAAAGUAUCAGGCUCAUAGGAACCAGUGGGAGAAGGUCCAGUGUCCCCACUUGAGGAUGAAAAUCUAUGUCUCUUUGGUCCCGUUUUAUAGAAAUAAAGCUAAAAAUAUAGCUUGUGCACAUCUCAAUUCAGAUAUCGUUCCUGAGUAUACAUGUAACUACCUAUAUUUAUAAUGCUUAACACCUGCAUUUUAAAAAAGCAGGCUUUGUAAAUUCUGCUUUAUAAGAAUUAAUUGCAUGCGGUUUAUAUUCAAUAAUUUAAAUUAAAGUAUUCAGUCCAGAAAAUGUUUUAUAAACACUAACCCAUGUCUUAUUUAUCUCGACCAUGGUAACAACAUAUUGUAUGGGUUUCUUAUCUCCUCAGCAAGGAUUGUAAUAAAGGCCAGCUGUUUCAUUUUCUAGACCAUAUGCUUCUUCGUUUCUUCUACUGUGUGUGUGUCAAAUGAUGUUUAAUUGUAGCUCUUCACUUUGUAAGAUAGGUUUUACUUUUUAAUCCAAAACAGUUUUAACCUGAAGAUUUUUGUAACAUAACCUCAGGAACAUUAAAAAAAGAUUAUUGUCACCUAUGUCCUAUUUGUAGUGUUUUAUUGUAUAUGCUCGAGUUAAUGAAUGAAUACAGCUGACAUAUUGCUAUUACGAGGGUUUCUGCCAGAGGGUAAAACAGGUAUGGCGCCAUACCCAAAUUUUAUUUUUUAAGUUAACUUUUUGACAACAUUAAUUUUUUAUU